AUGCUGCGAGGGCCCCGGGCCCUGGCUCCAGGCGCCGGGCCGCCCUCGAAGGGACUGCCGGCGAUGAGCCCUACCGAGCUGUGGCCGCCCGGCCUCAGCAGCCCCCAGCUCUGCCCGGCCACCGCCACCUACUACACCUCGCUGUACCCGCAGACUGUGCCUCCCACUGCGGCGCCCGGCACCUGCCUCGACGCCACCCCCCACGGACCGGAGGGCCAAGCUGUGCGAUGCGUGCCGGCUGGCCGGCUGCCGGCCAAAAGGAAGCUGGACCUGGAGGGGAUCGGGAGGCCAGCAAUCCCUGAAUUCCGGACUCCCAAGGGCAAGUGCAUUAGAGUGGAUGGCCUCGCCAGCCCCAGAACACCCAAGUCCCCCGGAGAGAAGACUCGGUAUGACACGUCACUGGGGCUGCUCACCAAGAAGUUCAUUUACCUCUUGAGCGAAUCCAAGGAUGGGGUCCUGGACCUGAACUGGGCCGCCGAGGUGCUGGACGUGCAGAAACGGCGCAUCUAUGACAUCACCAAUGUGCUGGAGGGUAUCCAGCUCAUCCGUAAGAAGGCCAAGAACAACAUCCAGUGGGUAGGCAGGGGAAUGUUUGAAGACCCCACCCGGCCCGGGAAGCAGCAACAGCUGGGGCAGGAGCUGAAGGAGCUGAUGAGCACGGAGCAGACCUUGGACCAGCUCAUUCAGAGAUGCUCUCUGACCUUCAAGCACCUGACCGAGGACAAGGCCAACAAGAGACUGGCCUAUGUGACUUACCAGGACAUCCGUGCCGUUGGCAACUUUAAGGAGCAGACGGUGAUCGCAGUCAAGGCCCCUCCACAGACAAGACUGGAAGUGCCCGACAGGAGCGAGGAGAACCUGCAGAUAUAUCUGAAGAGCACCCAGGGGCCCAUCGAAGUCUACCUGUGCCCAGAGGAGGUGCAAGAGCCGGACAGUCCUGCCAAGGAGCCCCUCCCGCCGACCUCCACCCUUGGCCCCAGCCCUGACGCCACCCAGCCCAGCAGCAGCACUGACCCUGGGAUGACAGAACCCAUGGCAUCCCCAGGGCCAGCGCUGACUCCCCAGCAGGUCCCGCAGCCGCCAGCGCCAGCGCCCCCGCCCCCGCCGCUUGUCCCCCUGGAGGCCACCGACAGCAUGCUGGAGCUGCCACACCCACUUCUGCAGCAAACCGAGGACCAGUUCCUGUCCCCAAGCCUGCCAUGCAGCUCUCCCCUGAUCAGCUUCUCCCCGCCUUUGGACCAGGACGACUACCUGUGGGGCCUGGACGGGGGUGAGGGCAUCAGUGACCUCUUCGACUCCUACGACCUUGGGGACCUGCUGAUUAAUUGA